GAAUGCCAGUCUGCGUGUGUCCCAUGGGCGUGUCCGGGAGAUUGUGUGAGGUGGUCAGCGACCCUUGUGCGAUCCACAUCAUCUGCAUCAACGGUGGCACCUGUGUCUACCGUCCCCUGGCUACGCCCUCGGCCUACUGCCUCUGCCCGAUUGGCUACGCCGGCAAAAGUUGCCAGAUCCGACCCAGGGAUCCCUGCACACCGAACCCAUGUGAGAACAGUGGUCGGUGCACCGUCAGCAGUGGGGUCAAAGGUUAUGAGUGCAAAUGUCAAGGACCGUUUACGGGAGAUAACUGUGAAAUCAAGUCACGUGGGUCCUGUCUGUCUUCCCCUUGCAGAAAUAUGGCAACCUGUAUAGAAGUACCGCCCCAUUCCUUCACGUGCCACUGCCUGCCAGGUUGGCAGGGUCACUACUGCCAUGUAUGGUCAGGCAAGCCUGGCGUCUGCUCGACCAGCUACUGCUCUGGGCGGGGAGUUUGCUACCUGGGUCAGGAUCAGAAGCCUUUGUGCCGUUGUCAGCAGGCCUUUGGGGACAGGUGUGAAUUCACGUGUGGCAAGUCACAGAGUGGCCUGGUGCCACACCCGGCCGAGUGCACCCUGUACGUGUCCUGUGUCUGGGGCCACCCGUACGUCAUGCAGUGCCCCCGACAUGACCUGCACUUCAACCCAAAACUGCAGACGUGUGACUGGCACGCCCGGGCUGGAUGUCAGCUCAACAUUAACAUCAUGGACCAGCAAUAUGCCGGAGUUCUGUGGCGCAUCCGUACAUAA